AUGAAGGCCCUAAUUCUCGUUGGGGGGUUUGGAACUCGUCUGCGCCCCCUGACCCUUACCCUCCCCAAACCUCUUGUGGAAUUCGCCAACCGUCCCAUGAUCCUGCAUCAAGUUGAAAGCUUAGCCGCUGCCGGUGUAACAGAUAUUGUUCUCGCGGUUAAUUAUCGACCAGAUGUCAUGGUCUCAGCGCUUAAGAAAUAUGAGGAAAUAUAUAACGUAAAGAUCGAAUUCUCAGUCGAAUCGGAGCCUCUAGGCACUGCUGGGCCCCUCAAGCUUGCAGAGAAAAUCCUUGGAAAGGACGACAGCCCUUUCUUCGUUCUCAACUCAGACGUAAUUUGCGAGUAUCCCUUUGCAGAACUAGCUGCUUUCCACAAGAAACACGGAGACGAAGGAACUAUUGUGGUAACAAAGGUGGAGGAACCGUCCAAAUACGGUGUCGUUGUACAUAAGCCAAAUCACCCAUCCCGCAUUGACCGCUUUGUGGAGAAACCUGUUGAGUUUGUUGGCAACCGCAUCAAUGCCGGCAUCUACAUCCUGAACCCUAGCGUCCUUAACCGUAUUGAGCUCCGUCCUACCUCCAUCGAACAAGAAACGUUCCCGGCCAUAUGUAAAGAUGGCCAGCUUCAUUCCUUUGACCUGGAGGGAUUUUGGAUGGACGUUGGACAGCCCAAGGAUUUCCUUACCGGUACCUGCCUAUACCUUUCUUCACUCACCAAGCGCGAGUCGAAGGUCCUCUCUCCACUUUCAGAGCCAUACGUUUAUGGAGGAAAUGUAUUGGUCGACCCUUCUGCCACGAUUGGGAAAAACUGUCGUAUUGGACCUAAUGUCGUGAUUGGGCCGAAUGUCGUUGUUGGCGAUGGAGUACGACUUCAGCGUUGCGUCCUGCUCGAGAAUAGCAAGGUGAAGGACCACGCUUGGGUAAAGUCGACGAUUGUCGGAUGGAAUAGCGCUGUGGGUAGAUGGGCACGACUGGAGAAUGUUACCGUCCUUGGGGAUGAUGUGACUAUUGGAGACGAGGUCUACGUCAAUGGAGGUUCUAUCCUCCCUCACAAGAGCAUCAAACAGAACGUUGACGUUCCCGCCAUUAUCAUGUAA